UGGGACGUGUAGUGGUUUCAGUUGAUGAGGCGUUUCCUGUACACUGCGAUUAUUCGUUACACUGGGUUACUGACUGCCAGUGUGUGUGCCAUUGAGCAUGCCCUGACUGCUGACACACAAUUGUUCCUGGAGGAGGCAUUUGAUCAUGAAGUGCACAUACGAUGUGAAGAACGUUCCUCGGAGCAGACCUUGUACUCAGGGGACCUUGAAGAAUCAGUGAGAGAGGAGAAGUCCAGCGGUUCCCUGACCAAACAGAUGCUAAAUCUCACCCUCAAGAUCAUCUACCUGCUGACUGGAGAGGAUUAUGCCCCACUGAACAAUGGCAAACAAGUAACCCAGAGCAGCAGUCCACAAACAAGAGACAGAUCAGUCAGCACCCUCACCCAUAUCUCUGAACCAUCAUUUCUAUCACUGAUGCAUGAGAGAAGGAAUGAUGAGAAGAUCCUGGAACUUAUUAACAAGAUCCUUCAUCUGCUGACUGGAGAGGUAUGGAAACUACCAGAAAGAUGCCCACAACGCUGUGAAAUGAUCCAACCUGAAUGGUCAUCGGAUUGCAUAGAGAACACAAAUACCCAGGAAGAAUUGGCCAAUACUGAAAGCUCCCCACAUUUUACAACAGAUAUUGAAGAAUGCAUGAUAGAGAUUUCACCAAGGAGGAGAAACAACUUGAUGGAAAAAGACCAUACAACGAAAUUCACUCAGACAGGAUGCACUUCUAUUGACAUGGCAGAAAAAUACAGCUUGUCGGAGGGGGUAAGAACAGUCUACAGUAAGGCCACACAGACUGAAUGCACAUCUACCUGCAUCCUGGAUUCUAGUACAGAGAGUACUACUCUGAAAAAACAAGCUUCAAGCAAUAAGGUCAGAGCUGAUACUAAAAGCCAUGAUAAAAAGCUGGUUGUCACCAUUGUGCCUUCAUAUCAGUGCUCCAUGUGCUCUGGGACAUUUUCUAGUGACUUGGAGCUUCUUCAGCAUCAGAUAGAGCACAAGGAGCAGGAUAUGGAGUGCACGGUGUGUGGAAAACAAUUUUCUUGUAGAUCACACCUUGCAAGGCAUCAAAAGAUCCACACCGGGGAGAAGAUGUUCCUGUGUUCAGAGUGCGGCAAAUGUUUUACCUUAAAAUCUGCCCUCAUGAGGCACCAAAUGAUCCACACCGGAGAGCGGCCAUUUGCCUGUUCUGUUUGUGGGAAGAGUUUUAAUCAGCGGUCCCACUAUGUACGCCACCAGCUGAGCCAUUCUGGAAAGAAGCCGUUUUCUUGUUCUGAAUGUGGGAAGAGGUUCAUUCAGAAAUCGGAUCUUGUGAAGCAUCAGAGGGCACAUAAAGACAAAAGUCUUUCUUGUCCUGUAUGCGGGAAACAAUUUUGCUCGAAAAUGUUCCUGGUCAAACAUCGCAAUAGUCACUCUGACAUGAACAAGGCUGUGUGCCCCGAUUGUGGCAAGUGCUUUACCCAGAAAUCUGCUCUUGUUGUGCACCAGAGAAUACACACUGGGGAGAAACCUUUCUCCUGCUUGGACUGCGGCAAAGUUUUCAACCGGAAUUCUCUUCUUAUGAGACAUCAAAGGGUUCACACUGGAGAAAAACCCUUCUCAUGUAUUUACUGUGGGAAAAGCUUCACACGAACCACAAACCUUAUAAUACAUCAGAGGACGCACACAGGGGAAAGACCAUUCUCCUGCACAGUGUGUCACAAAAUAUUCAGUAGUAAUGCAACUCUUAUUAAACAUCAGAAGAUCCACAUGGUUGAUAAAGAUGUUCUGAGACUUGGGGACAUGGGACAAAAAUAAAGAACUGAUUUUCUUCUCUCUUUGAGCACUGUCUUUAG